ACAGUUUCCCCUACUUUGUUUAUAAUCCCAUGACAUACUGGCAACUAAUUUGCAGAAACAAUUUCCAUUGUUGCAUUUGUUUAUCAAUUUUGAAUUUUUAUUUUCAAAUGGGGAAGAAACAGAAGUUGCAUUCUCCUCCAGGCAGUGAAAGAGUCCCCCUUUUGUACAAGGAAAUUUGUUUGGUUUUGUACCAUGUUUUUCUAGGAUUUUAUUUUUCAACAUUCUGCUUAACUUUGUUCCUUGUUUUUACUACAUUUUAAAUAUAUAUAUGUUUCAAUGCAUGAGCAUAUCGUAUACUAGUUAAAGAUUAGAAGGUGAUUUUGUAUAGUGCUAUUCACUUUCGAAACAAAAAAUUUCAGAUGAUAAAAAAACCCAAAAUUUUCAGCAUCAUUGAUUCGAUUUCUUUGGAAACCAUACGACCAAGAGUACAAACAUAUAGCUAUUCUUAAAACUUCCCCUCAGUUUAAUCAUGGGAUAAAUACAGUUCCAUUUAUGCAGGCAAAUGAUAAUCAAUCAUCAAACUGCCCCAUAUCAAAUCCUGAGCAAGACAGUGGUGUUGAGGCAGCCAAUGUUGGAUUGUCCAAAGUAUUUUCACUGGCAAAACCAGAUGCUGGGAAGCUUAUAAUCGGCACCAACGCGCUUUUUAUAGCAUCUGCAUCGGGUUUCUUGAUUCCUAAAUAUGGUGGAAUGAUUAUAGACAUCGUGUCAAGAGAAAUAAAGACCCCACUACAGCAAUCACAAGCUUUGGAUGCCAUCAAAAACAUCGUAACAUAUAUUCUUCUGAUAAUUGUAAUAGGGUCUAUAUGCAGAGCAGUUCAAGCAUGGUUGUUUUCUUCUACUGGUGAAAGGAUUGUAGCUAGGCUAAGGCUUAACUUGUUCACUCACCUUAUCCAUCAGGAAAUAGCCUUUUUCGAUGUUACUUCAACAGGCGAACUCCUCAACAGGCUAUCUGAGGACACACAGAUCAUUAAAACUGCAGCAACAACCAAUCUUUCAGAGGCACUUCGGAAUCUAACAAGUGCCAUUAUCGGCAUUGGCUUCAUGUUUUCAUCAUCAUGGAAGCUAACAUUGCUAUCCUUGGUGGUAGUUCCAGUUACCGCAGUCGCCAUGCGUAGAUUCGGACGAUAUCUCAAACAACUUUCACACACAACACAAGCUGCAGCUGCAGUGGCUGCCUCGGUUGCUGAGGAAUCUUUUGGAGCUAUUCGAACAAUUAGGUCUUUUGCUCAAGAAGGCUAUGCCGUCUCCAAGUACUCCAAGAAGGUUGAUGAGAGACUGAAGAUUGGACUCAAACGAGCUAAAGUAGUUGGUCUGUACUUUGGAGGACAGAACGCUGCAUCCAAACUGUCAAUUUUUAUAGUGGUGAGCUAUGGAGCCUACUUGACAAUAACGGGAUUCAUGACUGCUGGUUCUCUUACAUCUUUCAUCCUUUAUAGUCUCACAGUUGGAUACUCAGUGUCCUCAUUAUCAGGAUCAUAUGUAUCUGCCAUGAAAGCUGCAGGGUCAAGUAGGAGUGUUUUCCAGCUAUUAGAUCGUGUCUCAGGCAUGCCAAAAUCAGGAGAUAAGUGUCCAGUGGGAAAUCCAGAUGGAGAUGUAGAAUUGGAUGAUGUCUGGUUUGCUUAUCCUUCUCGGCCAAGUCAUAUGGUACUUAGGGGAAUAACUAUGAAACUGAAGCCUGGCUCAAAAGUUGCCCUUGUUGGACCCAGUGGUGGUGGAAAAACGACAAUAGCAAACUUAAUCGAAAGGUUUUACGAUCCUCUCAAGGGAAAGAUUUUGUUAAAUGGGGUUUCUUUACUGGAAAUAUCACAUCAAUAUCUUCAUAGAAAGGUUAGCAUAGUUAGCCAGGAACCAGUUCUUUUCAAUUGUUCCAUAGAGGAGAACAUUGGGUAUGGAGUCAAUGGCAAAGUCGGCAAAACUGAGAUACAAUAUGUGGCUAAAAUGGCGAAUGCCCAUGGAUUCAUUGAAAAAUUUCCUAAGAAAUAUGAAACAGUUGUGGGAGAACGGGGUUUGAGGCUGUCAGGAGGUCAAAAACAAAGACUAGCAAUUGCAAGAUCACUGUUAAUGAAUCCCAGUGUAUUGCUUUUGGAUGAAGCCACAAGUGCUCUUGAUGCUGAGAGUGAAUACCUAGUUCAGGAAGCUAUGGAUUCAUUGAUGAAUGGUAGGACUGUUCUAAUCAUAGCACAUAGGCUGUCAACAGUCAAAAAUGCGAACAACGUAGCUGUUAUUUGUGAUGGUCAGAUAGCAGAGAGUGGCACUCAUGAACAGCUUCUCACACAGGAUGUAAUCCAACAAUCUUUAAGCUCAGACGCAUAUGUUACAUGAGAAAUUGGUUCAACAAACAGAAAGAAUGGCUGAUACUGCUUUAUGUGCAACCCUGAAGUGUUAAUCUUUCGCUAGCAUAAAUAUGAAUAUCUCAUGAAAGGAAAACCAAAAACAAAAAAGGACUGAGGAAAGCGAUAUCAACAUACUCCGUGCUCUGAUGCAAAAUGUCUAAGCUAUCUAGCAGUCGAGCACUAAAGACCAUUUUUACGGUAUGUGUAUGUGCAUCUGCUUGUUCACUCAAAUUCGAGAGGAUAACUUCCCCAUACCUCAUCAAAUGAUGCCCUAGUGGGGGACUCCAAUGAAACAUCCGACAAUUAGAAUCUCUCAAGGUGAAGGGAGUUUCGAGAUCUCUACAAAUAGUUUGUGCAAGGCUUGAGGCUUUGAGAAAAAUGGUGAGUGGUCAGCACCUUUUAGACGAAAUACUUUUUCCGGUGGGCUUGAGUUAAUCAUGCUCUCUUGAAGCACCACUGGUAUGGCAUUAUCUUCAGGAGUUCCUACAUAAAAACGCCUCACAGAUCCGUAUUUCAUGUCAGAAAGUGAAAGCUUCUCCAAAACUGGUGCGAAAGGGAUCGGCCUCAUUGAAACAGAUGCUAAUGCAACAUCCUGGCCAGCAAAAUGUGGAAUAAAAUCAGCAGUUGUAAUUUUGCACAUCGACACACAUAGAAGAUAAAUUGAGUUUUUUGAACAAUAGAAAAUCAAAAGAUUAAUUAAUCAAUCAAAAUGAUUUAGACAA